GUCAAUAUUGGCCAACUUUUUGCGAAACUAACCUCGUGUCUUUUCUUACAUUGCAGUACGAUUAUUUUGCAGGGUAACAGCAAACUACUACUACAAUGGACAGCUUGAAAGAUAAAGUGGUGGUGAUUACUGGAGCUGCGGGUGGUAUUGGUUCAGAAGCUGCAAAAUUAUUUUCCAAGAGUGGUUCAAAGUUGUUUUUAACUGACUUGGACCAAGGCCGUCUAAACUCCUUGAUUGAGGAAUGUAAAAAAAGUGGUGCGAAAGAGGUUCAUGGAGUGAGAGCGGAUAGUGGUGUAAUGUCAGAUUUGGAAAACAUUUCUAAGAAAACCAUCGAAUGUUACGGAAAAGUGGAUGUGCUGGUGAAUAACGUUGGAUUCGCCAAAAAAGUUCCAUAUGAAGAGCACACGGAAGCUGACUACAAUAGCACAUUGGAUGUAAAUCUGAAAGCAGCGUUCUUUCUGACAAAGUGGAUGAUUCCAGAACUGAUAAAGACACGAGGAACAAUCGUGAAUCUCAGCAGCGCAGCUGCUACCAAUCCUGAACCAAGAUUCAUGGCAUACAGUGUUGCAAAAGCCGGAAUAGAUCAUUUUACGAGAUCAUUGGCUAGAGAAUAUGCCCCACAAGGAAUUCGAGUGAAUGCUAUUGGGCCAGGACCUGUGAGAACAGCAUUUCAUCCUGAUCAUGCUGCGUUGGAAAAGAUAUCAGCUGAGCAACCACUAUGUGGAAUUCUGGAACCGGCGAUGAUUGCUCGCUGGAUUUUAUUUCUUUCAUCUCAAGAGGCUGGACCAAUAACGGGUCAAGUGAUUGUAGUGGACGGUGGGAGAACGGUUACUAGAAUACCAGUUGGAUACGGUCCAGUAAAAUAACAUUACAGUCUAUAUAUACGACUUGUACUGCAUUAAAAUUGUAUAAUAAACUUCCUAGGGAAUACGUCGAAAGAUAACUAUAGAUUAUACCUAUCUGAUAUUCGGUCGAACUUAAUGGCGCAGUAAAUGCAAUGAAAUAUUUAAUGCAUAUUUUUUGGCUCUAUGUUAUUGGUGUGGUACUACUAAAAGACAAUAAAUAUAAU